CUUCCAUCAGGCAGCCCCGGUGUCGGCCUUGGAGCUGGCAGGGCCCCGUUCUUCUGCUUGGGCCGUCGCUCUUCCCCGGAACCGGUCCCCGCUUGUUUCCCGCCUCGUGCUCGCGGCGGAGCCCAAGGACAGUUUGGGAUCCGAGAGCAUGCUCCGCUCCGAGGCGCGCGUGCCCGGGCCUGUGACGCGACCGAGUCACUCCCCGUGCCGGCAGGGGAAUGGCUGGGCCCGUGGCCUGGGUGACGUGAAGCCAGCGCCCAGGCUCCAAGACCCAUGAACAAUGUUGUUUGCCGGUUAUGGAGAGAAUGUGCCCGUAGAUUACUGAGAACACAGCAGAGCAUAGCAUGGGUCUCUGCACUUGAGCCUGGUCCAUCUGAUAGUCAUUCACUGGUCCGUGCAUUAGCUGAAGAACUUGAGAAUGUGCAUGUGCUACCACAAACAGUGCUCUACAUAGCAGAUGCAGAGACUUUCAGUGGAUAUGAAGAGUGUCACGGACAAAAGAGAGCAAGGAAAAGAAAUAGUAAAGAAACAGCAAUUGCACUAGAAAAGCUGUUGCCAAAACGGUGCCAAGUUCUGGGACUGGUAACUCCUGGAAUUGUAGUUACUCCAAUGGGCUCAAGCAGCAAUCGACCUCAAGAAAUCGAAGAUGGUGAAGCUGGCUUUGUUUUAUUGUUCCCUAAAAUUGAUGGUGUGAAAAUCCAUACCUUCCACUUUUUUAAAGACUUGAAGAAUAGAGUUUUUGAUGAAAGCAAAUUCACUGAAGCAGGUCUUAAAAAUAAUCCAGAGCUCCGUGUGGUUCUUCUAUUUGUCUACAAUUCCUGGAAGCCAGGAGCUAACCGGUUUCUUCAUCAGAUAAUCAAUCCUUUAAAUGAAAAAAGUAUCAUCUUGGCUGGGGGGCAUGUGGAGAGCUUGACGUCACUGAGCUCUGAGAAUAACACUGAGGCUGGCGAUUCCUGUGGUGUGGUUGGAUUGGCUUUCAGUGGACCCCAGCUACAGAGUGCUACAGUUUUGUUAGACCAGGAUGUAAUUGAUGAACGGACUGUAGAAGCAGCAAUGCAGCGUCUCAAAGCAGCAAACAUUCCUGAGCACAAUACCAUUGGGUUCAUGUUUGCAUGUGUUGGCAGGGGAUACCAGUAUUAUAAAACCAAAAGGAAUCUUGAAGCAGAUGCAUUUAGGAAGUUUUUCCCUAAUGUUCCCCUAUUUGGCUUUUUUGGACAUGGAGAAAUAGGAUGUGAUCGAAUAGUCGCUGGGAAUUUCAUACUGAGAGAAUGCAAUGACAUAAAGGAUGAUCUGCUCCAUGGUUAUACUACAGUUAUGACUCUUAUUCAUCUUGGUUCAACUAAAGCAAACCAAGUUUAAACAUGUUUUUUAAAUACACCAGCUGAGCUACUUGUUUGGUUCCAGUGCAGAAAACUGAAAAAUCUGGAAUGAUGUACAUACAUACUAUAAAAGCACCUUCCAAAAUCUAAAGUAAUCAUUUUUGUAAUGUUAUAAAUCAUGUAGUCAAGACAGCAUUUAAUGCAGUAGUAGGUAUGGGGAAGCUUUGCAUUUUGUGUAAUACUGUGCAAAAGUCAGAACUGCAGGUAAAUGUACAUGUGUUCAGAUUUUAGAGUAGAAGGAAGCUUCUUUCUCCUAAGGCUAGAAGAGUGUGCACAAAUGGCAGUGUAGUCCAGCAUCAACACUCAACCGUAUAGAGAAAUGAACCAUCCGUAUUUUGAUGUGAUCUCUUAUACAUAAAGAAGUCUUAAAAAGCUACUGAUGUGUAUGUGUCUGGUUCCACCUUUACCUGAGUCUUCUCUCUACAGAGAUAUGUACAUUCCAUCCAGAUUCAGAACUGGGCCCUACCUACAAGCAAUAAUACCUCUUUAUUAGGUCGAAUGAUUGAGAAUAUCUGGGCAAUAAUCAUGAAGUGUUCAUUAAAUAAUAUACAAAAUAUAUGUAAAAGGUACAGUGUCUUCUGUAUUUAGAGGAAAAAAGACAAUUUAAAGGGACACUCAGGCUACAAACUGACUCACUUCAAGAACACCUUGUUAAAACAAUUUUAAGUAUCUGACAUACUCUGUACUGUGUCUGCUGUUUUACUUUUGCAUUUCUCAGCUUGGACAAUGAAAAUGGACAAUCACCUUUCUCUUGGGAUUCUCCGGUAUAAGCACAAUGAUGCAUUGUGGAGGUUGCAGAUGCUGCAAAGGGUUUUAAAAUGUCCUGUAGAAGCUUAAAAAUAAAAAUGGAAACGUU